CGCCGACCAUUCAAGCCGUAGCUUCAUAACCGGCUUGAUCCGCGCCCGGCGCUCCUUCGUCAUCCUCUCCCAGAUGGCGAAAACGAUGGAUUCCAAUCCCCUGGCCUCCGCGCUCGUCAGCUUCUUUCUCCUCCAUCGGGACAUUAUCAUCGAACGGGAGGACGCAAAAUACCUAGGAGCUUGGGGUCUCGCCUUCAUGGACAUCCAGGCGCUGCUCAGCAAAUAUGAAGCUCUAAGCUGUUUCCGCGCACUCGCUGAUCGGUUAGACGACAUCCGCCACAGCGCACGCUACGUCCGAUACCACGACUUUCGGUGGAAUGAAAUGCUUCGUAUUAUGGCGGAAACACUUGCUUGGGACCUGGAGUACUUGGACGAUCGCGAUCUUCGCGGAAGGAGACUCCGGCGCUCGCUACUGUACCAUGCACCCAAGGCGAGAACGAUGCCGCCCCCCAUCAUUCAUCACCGGGCUCCUGCAUACAUCAUGGCGGCCCCCAGCCCUUCAAUGGAGCUGAUCCCCGCGGUGGAUCCGGAGUAUGUUGUGGAGAACCUGGUGGAUCUGCAGGACAGGGUUGCCGACCUGGAAAGGGACCGUGAUUUGAGCGUACCGUUACGGAUGUGGCCACCACCACAGAGGAAGUUUCUUGCUGGAGUCCCCUCCAUGUUCUAAACGUUGUAUCUUGGUUUCGUUGAGCUUGUCCCAUUCUCCUACCUUCUUUGAAGAAUGGGUUCAACUGUGGUUUUUGCCCCGUUUGUUCCAUCCUGACUUUUCGCGAAGACUAUAAGGAUAACAUUCGAAGACGUCCUGUUCUAUAAUUACCGGUCUCUGAGGGCUGCAGUGAAGGACUUGUGCCAAAUCCUGUGAGCCAGACGUUACGCAGACCGCCGUUUCAUAGGACGCACCCUGUUAUCUUGCUUGAAGAUAAACCACCCACCAGGAAUACGCCCGUAUAACCUCUCGACAGGCUAACCUUCUCUUGAACGCCUUGCUAAUCCCAUGGUAUGCGCCGAUUCCCA